ACCUUUCUUAAACCAUAGGGCUUUUUUUAAUACGCUAAACCCCCCGGCUUAACUUAAAUCCUCGAAUUUCACCAAUCCAGCCCUAUUGUGUGUGAUUCGUCAGUGAAAAUGUAUUGGAUAAUCUCCGAUCAAAGCAUACACAUCUAAUGCUCUGCACCUCUCGACGACAUGUUUAGUUCGAUAGCCCGGAAAGCCGACCAAUCCCAACCAUAUUUUUAAUGUUAUUGUUUCUGGUAUGAGAGCGGACAACAGAGUUGCAUUAGCAGACGACGUCUUUCUAUUCGUUCACUCAUCCAGUGGUUGUCGAACGAUACAGGGGAAGCAUGUGUGAUAGAUAUAUAUUCAUCGAUCAAUUGUCAUGUGAACAGUAGUCAUUGCCAGUGUGAGUUAAGAAACGAUCGGUGUGCUCACCUCGGAUGUCUCAGGAGGCGCCCAUGGGACACGAUAGCAGCAGGAAAGUAUUAAUGUUAGUUAUUAGAACUGCUGUAUGUGAGUGUUGUCUCUGUUGAGCUAUACUAUGUAAGAAGUGAAAAAAACGUUUUAUGGAAGUUUCGCUUUAAGCGUGUCGUUUGUGCAUCGGAAAAGGGAGACCAAGCGUCUAUCGGCUCUCCCUGCAUUCCGACAUUGGAGUCGCAAUUAGACCAAAGCUCUAUCUGAUAGGAGACAGAUCAGAAAACAUGUCCCUAUCAGGAUCCGAUUCGGACGAAUUUUUCGAUGCGGAGGAUGCAUCAUUGACACAAAUUGCUAGCGAAGAUUUGAGCACGGAGCCGGCUAGUCUUGAUAGUGGAACGCACUUUUUCAUUGAUAAAGAAGCCCUACGUCUUAAGGCUGAUGAGGUUGAACAACGGGCCCGGCGGAUUGAGGAGCGACGUCAACGCCUUCUUCGAGAAGAGGAAGAACCUUCUCAUCCUGGCACUUCAGCAUUGCCAGCUCAUUUUGACGACGAAUCCAGCUCGUAUUCUGAAAGUAUUGCCUCGUCAUCCGUUGAGGGACUUUACCUUACGAAGCUUAAGCAGCAGACCCCGCUAACAUCAGCGGUAGCCCAUCAACCCUCGAGUUCAUCGUCGUCUUCACCGUCGCAGCUGCUGCCGGAGAACCGUCUGCAGCCUCUGGCCAACAGUGCAGCUAAAUUUUCGUCGAAUAGUUGCGGUGUUAAACGGGCAGGUGUCGGAAAAAAUGGAACGAAUAACAGCAAUUCCCACAAUACGAGCAAUAACAACCACAGUACUAAUGAACCUGACCUUGUCGCGUCAACAAAGCCACCGACGAAUUUCCCACAGGAAUUCGUACCGCCGAUUGCACCCCCAAGACGUCGCAAAACGUCGCGCUCACGAGCAAGUUAUGCCGAAUCGCGUCGCUCGCCAAACCCUUCUGCAUACGACAGUGAGGAUGCAGUUUCGAUAAACUCUGUAGUACCUCUUGGCCUCCCGGCACCACCCGUUGAAACACCGACUUCGUCGAUUGGUAGAGACUUCUCGCUGCCAAUUGAAAAUGUCCAGAGGGGACAGUUCGUCGUUAAGCCACAGGUCCUAAAAGACAACGAAGAAGAUAAAGGUUUAUCAAAAGAGGAGGUUCGGUUGUGUGAAAAUGCGACAGGAAGCGGGAAAGAAACCUCGAAAGAAGGCACUGGAGGAAGAUUGCCUCGAAGGUCAAGCAAUGCUAGCGUGAAAACGCUUGAAUACAAAACUCCCGAGAAUUCGUUAAAGGCGACGAAUGCAUUGCCACGUCUAAGGACAGAUUCUGGUCGACAGUUGUCAGACUUAGAGAUACUAGAACAAAUCGAAGUGCUCAAUCUGGACACUGGCGAGAAGAUUCCAUUAAGUGUAGCUGAAGACAAGCUGCCGCAGUGCGUUAAUCCUCUCAGUUUACAUUUAAUGCGGAUCACGCAAGAAUAUGUGAGCCCGUGGUUCAAAAGCCGCAAACAAAAGCGAUACCUUCGAAGAAUGAAGGAGCGUCUCAAUGACAGCUCACAAGACGCACUCGACGAGGUGCCACCGUUGCACCGCAGUCUCAGCGAAGUUAGCGAAUCAGCUGGCAAUAGCGGACCUGAGGCAGGGGCCGGAGAUAACGACGAUCACAGUUCGACGACCAAAUUGGAUGGCGGCUCGGAUAUCGAAGGUGCCGGCCUUACAGAGCCGGCUACAGACGACCCACCGGACUUGGAGCCCAGCGGUACGCUGAAGAAAAAGGCAAGUAAGUUGAAACAGAAGCUGAGCAAGAAACUAGAAGCCACAGUGACAAAGAUUAAAAACGUUGCUGAAAGUGUUGAUGAAAAAAUUCAGCAGUGGCAGUCCCAGCAUAGCCAGGAAGAACCAGCCGAAGUAGAUCUUAUGACAUUAGACCCACAACCGGACAAAGUUAAGGUGACCACGUCCUCCAAAAAUCAGAAGUCGGAUUUCGACGGAAUUCGGGAAGUGCAAGCUCUGAAAGGUAUCCACCAAGGAGCAGUAUGGACGAUGAAAUUUUCGCAGUGUGGUAGGCUAUUGGCAAGUGCUGGUCAGGACCAUAUUGUGCGGGUCUGGGUCCUUAGAGACGCAUUCGAACACUUCAAUGAAGUUCGACGAAAAAGCCAAGCGAACACUGGGCGUGACCGGGAGGACAGUAUCAACGAUAACCGCGAUUGCAAUGCAGGCCAACUUCAAGAUCUAUUAUUUGCUGGUAACCAAGAGGCCGGUAAUUCAGCUGGUAUAGAAUUAACGGUCGAAGACCGUGGCCCAUUUAUGCCUCAACCAUUUGCUGAAUACGAAGGUCACACUGCUGACGUAUUGGAUGUGUCAUGGAGCAAAAGUAACUUCAUUCUCAGCUCGUCGAUGGAUAAAACUGUUCGCCUGUGGCACAUCAGUCGAGCCGAGUGUCUUUGCGUGUUUCACCAUGUCGAAUUCGUUACUGCGAUUGCAUUUCACCCCCGAGAUGACAGAUAUUUUUUAAGCGGUUCGUUAGACGGCAAACUCCGCUUGUGGAAUAUUCCUGAUAAGAAAGUGCAUCUAUGGAACGAGCUGGAAGGCACUCAUACAAAACUGAUUACUUGUGCCAAUUUUUGUCAAAAUGGCAAAUUUGCUGUUGUUGGUUCGUACGAUGGUCGAUGCGUAUUCUACACGACCGACCAACUUAAGUACUAUACACAGAUUGCGGUGCGCAGCUCGCGCGGUAAGAAUGCCCAAGGAAAGAAGAUCUCAGGAAUCGAGCCAAUGCCCGGCGAAGACAAAAUACUUGUAACUAGUAACGAUUCCCGAAUUCGCCUUUACGAUCUCAGAGACCUGACGCUCUCGUGCAAAUAUAGAGGUCUGGUGAACAGCAGCAGCCAAAUCAAAGCCACAUUUAGCCCAGAUGGACGAUACGUGAUUAGUGGCAGCGAAAAUAUGUUUACCUAUAUCUGGAAAACCUACCAUGACCACUCAGCGUUUUCCUCAGCUAGGCGAGACCGCAAUGCCUUUUGGGAGAACAUCAAAGUUCACGAUGCUUCGGUCACAUCCGCAGUGUUUGCUCCGAAGCCGGAUAUCAUCACGAAGCAGCUGGAUGAUGCGCUUGUUCCACCUUCGGUAGCGUCGGAAAGCGCCAAAAAUUACGUAAUUGUUUCCGCCGAUUUUCGGGGUGAGAUUCACGUGCUAGCGCAUUCGAUGCGUCAAAGUGAAUGAUCCGGUCGCCCGGGACCGCUGUUGGCCGUAUGCUGCAGCAGUGGGCCCAAUGAUGAUCAGACUUGUGAAGGAGGCGAUCGUGAUGAUAGGACCAGCGGGGUUGUUGGUACCCUUGAAAGCUGCAUUGCUAUAACCGGCACUGGAAAAAGGCUCGGGUCCUACAGGCGACGAACACCUUAGAAUAACUGUUUGGUUACUUAUAGAGGCAAGGGAAGCCUUCGAAGGUUACCCAAAUGUUUUCACAUGAAUGAUCAAUACAAUAAUUUAUUACCAGGAGGAGGAAAGUUGCCUGAAAGGGAAUUCUUGUGGAUUUGUUACCGAUCAACGGUGACGUUAAUACUUAAUGCCAAUAAACAGGGCAGUGUGCGACAUG